GGCUUAGUCAGCUCGGUCGGGUCGGUGUGCUGUCGUCUCUGGGAUAGCCGCUGGCAGGGUGGGGGGCGGUGUGCGGUCGGCUGGGCGGCUCUUGCCUGUGGCCACCUCGCUCGCUUGGUUAGCCUCUGCCCUAACCGCCGAUCCUUCGUUGUAGCCUCCAAAGAUGCACGGUGCCAUCGAGGUCACGGAGGAGCCCAUGGACGCCGACGACAACGCCACCUGCGAGACCGGCCGAGGCGACGCGGUCACCGCGUCGUUCGAGGCGGCGCACCUCUUCCGCGACGACGGCCGGCAGCGUGGGCUCGCGCCGGGCGUGGUGGCCAGGCUCAUGCCUGGACUUCGAGAUCAGAGGAAGGUCCGCGAGUUAUGCGACGUCACGUUUCGCGCGACAGACGGCGUGGAGGUCUGGGCCCAUCGGUUCGUGUUGGCAGCCAGGUACUCCGGCUGCUAUGCGCUUUUCGCCCUCGCCAAGCAAGGCAUGAGUUCCGAGCAGAGGCGGAUGAACGAGUUUAGCCCGCCCAUCCGCGCGAUGAUGACAGACCUGGACAGCGACAUGACCAAACUGCUCGUCGGCUGCGCCUACCACACUCCGCUGCACGAGCUCAUCGGCCAGCACAACGUGGUCAAGGCACUCGGGCUCGCCGAGAAGCUAAAGAUAUUCCCCAUACGGGAUCACUGCCUGAACACCCUGAAAGAGGACCUCAGACCGGAGACCUGCAUCGACACUUACCGCCUGGCCUCCAGCCGUGGAUUCGAGCAUCUCGCCGGAGAAGCCUUCCGAUACCUGGUGCGGAACUUCGACGAGGUGUGGAAGAGCAGCGCCCAGUUCCAGGCUCUGACGCCAGACGAGAUGCACACCAUCCUCGAGGACGACCGGCUCCACGCGCCCAACGAGGUGGAGGACACGUUCGGCGCCGUCCUCAAGUGGAUCUCCGCCGACGUGGACGAGAGGAAGGGCUGGCUCGCCAAGUUCCUGCCGCUCGUGCGCUUCGCACGCUGCUCCGUCACAGACAUCGAGAAAGUCGUCACCGACCCACAAGUUCAGAGUGACCGGAACAGCCUGAAGGUGCUGAACGUGAUCCACCAGACGCUCAGCCAGCCGUCCAUGGCGGUGGGCGACGUUGCCGGCGUCGACCUGUCCCCGAAGUUGUGGCUCACGCCUCGCUUGCCCAAGGACAUCCUCUUCCUUUUCGGCGGCUGGACGGUGUGCGCGACCAACAAGAUGCUCACGUACUACAGCCGCGCCGCCAAGUGGCACGUGAUGGGCAGGCAGGACACCAUAGUCAGGGCGUACCACGGCGUAGCAGUGGUCGACCAGUGCAUCUACUUCGUGGGCGGCUUCAACGGCCGCGAGUGCUACCACUCGGUCGUCUGCUUGGACGUGCCGCUGGCCAGAUGGAGCGCCAAGGCGAACAUGGCCAUCGCGCGCUGCUACGUCAGCGUCGCCGUCCUCCAGGGCCAGAUCUACGCCAUGGGAGGCUUCGAUGGCCACACGCGCACUAACACGGUCGAGCGUUACGACGUCGAGACAAACCGGUGGUCCAUGGUGGCCAGCAUGAACGACGUCCGCAGUGACGCCAGCGCCGCCGUAGCUGAAGGACGUAUCUACAUCGCGGGAGGCUUCACGGGUCAGGAGGUCCUGAACACCGUGGAGUGUUACGACCCGUCGACCAACGUCUGGACUCGGGUGUUGACCAUGUCCUCGCCCCGCAGUGGCCUCCAGGUGGUCGCCCACAGGGACACGCUGUACAUCGUCGGCGGUUACGACGGCACGGCGCGGCUCUCCUCCAUGGAGCAGCUGGACGUGAGCAAAGCUAGCUGCUCACGAUUGCCCAGCAUGUCCCACGUCAAGAGCAACUUCGCUGCAGUCGUGCUGGAAGGCUGCAUCUACGUCAUCGGGGGCUUCAAUGGAAAGACGACCGUGCCGCUGGUCGAGCGCUACGACAUCGCCACCCGGCAGUGGUACACGGCACCAUCCAUCAGCAUGAACUGCAGCGCUUGCGCCGCUUGCAUUGUUCACGACGUCCCCAACCCUGCCGCCUGGCCGCCGAUCCUUCGUGGUAAGAUAGAGAUGUGCGCCGCCGUCGAAGUCGUGCACAACGACGACGAUGCCGACAAGACCGGCGAUGGUGACAUGAUCACCGUGGAGCUCGAGGCAGCGCAGCUCUUCCACGACGAUGGCCGGCAGCGUGGUUUCACACCUGGCGUGGUGGCCAGGCUUAUGCCUGGGCUACUGGAACAGAGGCAAAUACGUCAGUUCUGUGACGUCGUGUUCCAGGCUACCGAUGGUUCGGAGAUCUGGGCGCAUCGGCUCGUGUUGGCUACCAAGUACUCGGGCUGCUACGCGCUCUUCACUCUCGCCAAGGAAGGCAUGAAUCCCGAACAGGAGCGGAAGAACGAGCCGACCCCGCCCAUCCGGGUCGUGGUCGAGGACCUGAACAACGAGAUGAUCAAGCUGCUCGUCGACUUCGCCUACCACGUUCCGCUGCACGAGCACAUCGGUCGGCACAAUGUCGGCAAUGUGCUCGAACUCGCCGAGAAGCUUAAGUUAAUCCGGAUACGGGAUCACUGCCUGAACACCCUCAAGCAGAAUCUUGAACCGGAGAGCUGCGUCGACACUUACCACCUGGCCUCCCGUUGCGGAUACGAGAACCUUGCCGGAGAAUCUUUUCGCUAUCUCCUGCGGAACUUCGGCGAGGUGUGGAAGAACAGCGCUCAGUUCCCGGCCCUGACACCAGAGGAGCUGCGUACCCUCCUGGAAGACAACCGGUUGUACGCUCCGAAGGAGCUGGAGGACACGUUCCCCGCCAUUCUCAAGUGGAUCUCCGCCGACGUGGCCGGCAGGACGGUUUACCUCGCCAAGUUCCUGCCGCUCGUGCGCUUCGCAUGGUGUUCUGUCACGGACUUCGAGAAAGUCAUCACCAACGAACAAGUCCAGGGUGAUGGAGACAGCCUGGAGGUGCUGAGCGUGAUUCACCAGACGCUGUCCCGGAAAUCCAUGGUUGUUGGCGAAGUUGCCGGCCUAGACCUGUCCCCAAAACUGUGGCUCACGCCCCGCUUGCCCAAGGACAUCCUGUUCCUUUUCGGCGGCUGGACGACGGCCACUACAAACAGGAUGCUCACGUACAACUGCCGCACGGCCAAAUGGCGCGUGAUGGGCAACCAGAACACCCCGCCCAGGGCGAACCACGGCGCCGCGGUGAUCGGCCAGUGCGUCUACUUCGUGGGCGGCUUCGACGGCCGCGUCUGCUACCACUCGGUCGUCUGCUUCGACGUGCGCCAGGCCCGAUGGAGCGCCAAGGCGAACAUGGCGUUCGCGCGCUGCUACGUCAGCGUCGCCGUUCUCCAGGGCCACAUCUACGCCAUGGGCGGUUUCGACGGCCGUGCUCGCCUUAAAACGGUGGAGCGGUACGACGUCAAGAAAAAUCGGUGGUCCAGGGUGGCAGACAUGAACGAGGUCCGCAGCGACGCCAGCGCCGCAGCGGCAUGCGGACGCAUCUACAUCGCGGGCGGAUACACGGGUCGAGUGACUCUGGACACCGUGGAGUGUUAUGACCCGUCGACUGACGCCUGGACUCUGGUGCUGACUUUGCCGUUUAUUUGUCAAGGCCUCAAGGCGGUCGCCCACAAGAACAUGAUCUACCUCAUCGGCGGCUACGGCUUCCAUGGAUAUAUGUCCUCCAUGACGUUGCUGGACAUCAGGAGAGCUCGAGUCUCCGACCUUCCCGCCAUGCCGCGACCGAAGAUGAACUUUGGCGCUGUCGUUCUUGAAGGCCAAAUCUACGUUAUAGGGGGACAUGAUGGAGUCACGACCCAACGGACGGUGGAGCGAUACGACAUCGAAGCCGGAAAGUGGCACUCGGCUCCCGAAAUUGACGUGAGCUGCAGCGCGGCGGCCGCUUUUGUCGUUUGCGACGUGGGCAACGCUGGUUGCUUCAGCAGCAGAUGCAACAGCAACAGCAGCUCGCCCAGCAGGGCUACGGCAGCUCGAGCAGCACCAGCUCGACCGGCUCCAACCGGAACCACAACCACCACGGCACCAAGAACGGCACUUCCGGUUCUGGGGGCUCGCACCACCACCAGGGCUCCUCGGUGACGUCGGGUGGAGGAACGGGAGGCGGCACCGGCGGCGGCGGCGGUCACCACCACCGG